GCAAUAAAUAUCAAAUCUAGAAACAGGGGUACACGUUUCAACAUAAUGGCAUUGCUGGUAGCGGCAUUAAACUUUCUUGCCUCGAUCUUUUUGGUGCCUUUUAUGAUGCUACUUUUGGCUAUCAUCUUCUUGGCAUCAAUUGGAAAGUCCCUUGGAGUGAGGAGGCUUUAUGUCAAUAUUUUAUUGAUGAUAUUUGAGUAUGGCAGAAAGGACAUCGAAUACGCGCAAAACGAAAAGCGCAAACAAAAAUCCGAACAAGACUCCGAAGAUGAAGGGUACAGCGAGGAACUCGCCCCUACUUUUGAGAAAACGUUUUCACAAGAAAUCUCGAAAAAAGAAGAGGAACCGAAACCGCCCAACGGGUUUACUAACGGCCACAUCGUUAAUGGAGGAAAUAACCUUAUCAGUCGUGAAGACCGUCAUAUUUUAUUGCCAGAUCCUGUUCUUGUGCCUGUAGUGCAAGGGGAUGAAAAGUUAAGCGAUGACGAGUACAAAGAGCGAAAGGAGAAGAUAAUGAAUUUCGAGCUGAGCACUAUUCUGGACUAUGCCAAAGCGGGGGUGGAAGCGAUUAUCGAGGACCAAGUGACAUCGAGGUUCGAAGCUGAAGAGUUGAAAAAUUGGAAUCUCUUAAUCAGGACUAACAGGGGAUACGAGUUUAUUUCGUGGAAGUUAACGUUCGUUUGGAUGUGCGGCUUUUUCGUACGAUAUUUCUUUCUGUUCCCUUUGAGGGUGAUUAUCUGCUUUUGCGGGGUGUUAUGGUUAACGAUAUGCACCGCCUUAGUCGGUUAUAUACGACAAGACGACCUUAGGAGGCAAGUAAACAAAUACGUCUCGAUAAUGUGCUUCGGCAUACUAUCGCGCGCCAUCUCCUCCGUGAUCACUUAUCACAACGAAGAGAACAGACCGAAAGAGGGCGGAAUUUGUGUGGCGAAUCACACGUCUCCCAUCGACGUGUUGAUUCUGAUGUGCGAUAACUGUUACUCUUUGAUCGGGCAAAGACACGGCGGGUUCCUAGGGAUCUUCCAGCGGGCGUUGGCCAGGGCUUCUCCGCACAUCUGGUUCGAACGAUCCGAGGCUCGAGAUAAAAAGUUCGUUUUGCAACGACUGAAAGAGCACACCUCGCACCCAAAGAACCCCCCGAUCCUUAUUUUCCCCGAAGGGACUUGCAUCAAUAACACUUCGGUGAUGCAGUUUAAAAAGGGCAGUUUCGAGGUUGGCAGCGUCAUUUAUCCGGUGGCGAUUAAGUAUGAUCCCAAGUUUGGUGACGCCUUCUGGAACUCGAACAAGUACUCGAUGUUACAGUAUUUGUACAUGAUGAUGACCAGUUGGGCGAUCGUGUGCGACGUGUGGUAUUUGCCGCCGAUGCACCAGAAAGAGAACGAGAGCUCGAUCGAUUUCGCUAAUCGGGUUAAGAGUGCGAUAGCGACGCAGGGCGGACUAGUGGAUCUCGUUUGGGAUGGUCAACUGAAACGUUCCAAGCCUAAAAAAGAAUGGAAGGAGCGACAGCAAGAGGAGUUUAGCAAAAUGUUAAAAAUCGAAUAAGAAAUGCCAAGAAGGGAGUAUUAAAUGCUGAAUCCAUCUCGAAGAUCCACUCUUCUGUUACCGAGCCUUUCUUUUGCGGAUAACUUUUCCGUCAGAAUAAAACAGCACACCACAGUUUCUUUUUUGGCUUAAAGUUAUCCGAUAGAUAACUUAAGAGAACGUAAAGACUGGCCUUUAGUUAGGGAUUAUAUUAUAAAAAAAUAAUAAAAAAUCCGACAUCCAAGGAUGUUAUAGAUGGAAAAAAAAAUUUAACAGACUCUAGUCAACAAGAUUUUAUAGGUUCGUUUGUGAUAAAGCCGACAACAGGUCUCGAGGUUUUAGGAUGAUUUUUUUUAAUUGUUAAUUCUGUGUAUUGCUCAGUGAUUGUUUUGUAGAACAUAUUAUAGAUUUUAGUUUAUGAGGCGGGGCUUUUUUAAAAUUAUGCAGGUGAUUUGAAGCAUACACAUUACUAUAAAAGGAGUUUUGGAAGUACACGUCUCUACAAAUAAACGGCACCGGUUACUGUUUUCAGUUUCAAAUUAAAUAACAUUUCUUAGGAUCCAAAUGAGGACUGUACGAAGUCAAUGCUUUACUUUUCAAGUAAUACAGAAAACUUCUCAGAAUCAGUUUGAUGGAGACCCGUUAACCGAUUUGUGAUGAAUCCUUUGCAUGCAUUUACAAAUAAACUUAACGUGCUUUAAUGAAAUAAAUGAGUUGUUCAUAUGAAGAGUUGUCUGUAAGGUCUCAAAUUAAAUUUUCACGCAGUAAACAUCGAUCUAUUGAAAAACAAAUUAACUGGCUUUAAUUUACUGCCACAGAGUAGAAAAUUCUGCGUGAAUCAUCCAUUUUGUCCGCUCCCAACCUUUAUCUUACGUACAUCAUUCUGGGACCUCCUAGUUUUUUUUUUGAUUUGGAGAAAGAUGUGGAUUUUAUUAAAUAAAUCUGUAUGCUACUAAUCAUUUCCUGCAUGACCCCGUUUUGGUUUAACGUUAGCCAUGAAGGUGAACUUUAGGCAGUAAGUUAAACUUAAGUUUGUUCGUUUUUUCUUUUAAAUUGUUCCUGUUUCUUCAAACAUUAGUUCGAAGCACACAUUGCUUAUAUAGACAAUAAUAUUUUUGUAACGUAGUUUUCCGUGUUAAGUCUUCUUCAGAUACUUUUUAUUAGCGCGAAUUUUUUAAAUCAAUUUUUUUGCUAUCGUGUAUAAUAAGUUCCUUCCCGCAUGAUUUUGUUGUUAUCCGAUGGCAAAAAAGUAUAUAGGGUGAUUUACAAGUAAGCAGCAUUAAAGUUUUACAUAAACAUUUAAUGCUCCCUACAAAUCAAUUCCCCUGUAUAUAUCAUAGUUUUGUUAUAAAAUUUGUGAUCGCGAAAAAAACGCAUUUAUUUUAUUAUAUAUAAUUCGUCACAGGAAAACGUGCGUGUACUGUAUGCGAGGCCUUUGCACGUCUAUAUUCUUAACGAUUUCUCAAUACCAAAUUAGUAUGUUAGUUUAGGAAAUGUAUCGCGCCUAAAUGUACAUAAAGUGAUUUAAAUUUUUUGUAAUUCAAUUUUUUUUUUCGUUCAAAGGACAAAUAAUAAAAAAAAUAUAUUCAGUA